AUGUCAACCGUUUCAUCAUUCUUUAGUAAACUCAAGUUUUAUCUUAAAUCAGGACUUUAUGGUACUCUUAUUGCUGGAUGUGCCAUAUAUGGUGUAUUAGCAUCUAUUUUAUUAAGAAUUGUCAAUAAAGCUGAAUAUGCUCAAUUUGCAGUUGCUAAAGCUUGUUAUUAUCUUUGUAGCUUAUUUUUGGGAUUAAGAAUUAAUAUUAAAAAUGAAAAAUAUUUACAUAAUCUUCCUGCUAUAGUUAUUGCUAAUCAUCAAUCAGCAUUAGAUAUUUAUGUUUUAGGGAAAAUUUUCCAACCAGGUUAUACUGUUACUAGUAAAAAAUCUUUAAAAUAUGUUCCAUUUUUAGGUUGGUUUAUGGCUUUAUCAGGGACUUUUUUCUUGGAUAGAUCGAAAAGUGCUUCUGCUAAAAAAGUUUUAGAUGGAGCUUUAACUAGUUUGAAAAAUCAAGGUAAAGCUUUAUUUAUUUUCCCUGAAGGAACUAGAUCAGCUACAGAAGAUUUAAAUAUGUUACCAUUUAAAAAAGGUGCUUUCCAUUUAGCUAAACAAGCAGGUAUUCCAAUUAUCCCUGUUGUUGUUUCAAAUACUUCGACAAUUUUCAAUUCAAAACGUAAAAUAUUUAAUACUGGAGAAAUCAAUAUUGAAGUAUUACCUCCAGUUUCAACUUCAAAUUGGGAAACUCAUGAAGAUGUCACUAAUGCUUGUAAUAAUAUUAGAGAUGAUAUGAUUAAAACUUUGAAAAAAUUAGGCAACUCAAAAAUACCGGGAUCUAAACCAAGAGAAGAUUUUUAUCCUUCUGAAUCUGAAGAUACUUCAGAAACUGAUGUGGAAAUAAUUAAUGAACAAACUCCAUUAAAAGCUACAGCUGUUUCUGAUUAA